AUGACAGUAAUCUUCCAGAUCGAGCGCAUUUACUACCCUGUACUUGCAGUCGUUGGAGUUACCGUUAACUUCAUGGCGAUUGUGAUCCUGAGACGAGGGAAAUGUGGGCUUUCCAAAUGCAUCACCCGUUACCUGGUGGCGAUGUCAGCAGCUGAUCUAUUAUUGGUCGUUUUGAAUGUAAUCCUCAAUCGAAUUAAUAACAUCCAUUUCCCUGUGACAUUCCUGUUCGUAACUCCGAUAUGUGCCAUAAAGGUUGUCUUGUUAGCGGCUGCUAUAGACUGCUCUGUCUGGUUCACAGUCGCGUUCACAUUUGACCGAUACGUGGCCAUUUGCUGUCAGAAGCUCAAACCGCGAUACUGCACCCAACAAACGGCGGUGGUGGUUUUGGGAGCAGUGAGUGCUGUGGGAUGUUUGCGAUGCAUUCUCUGGUAUUUUGUAUUUGUCCCUUCUGUUAUUAUUGACAACGUCCCUUGGUUUUGCGCUCUAACGCCACAUUAUUUCACAUCAUCUUUAUGGACUGUGUACGAGUGGAUUGACAGUUUUCUAACGCCGCUGUUUCCGAUCGCACUGAUCCUGGUGUUUAACGCUCUGACUGUCAGGAACAUUGUCACAGCCAAUCGCCUCCGCAAAGGACUCCGCGCCAACAGCAAGGGAGAGAACCGCGCUGACCCAGAGGCGGAGAACAGGAGGAAAUCCAUCAUCUUACUCUUUGCUUUGUCUGCCAAUUUUAUACUGAUGUGGGUCACCUAUGUUGUACAUUCCUUAACCUGGCCGGUUGUAAACUAUAAUUAUACGGACAAAAACCUUAGUAAUCCAAUCUACAUUGUCCAACAGACUGGAUUCAUGCUGAACCUUCUCAGUUCAUGUACUAACACGUGUAUUUAUGCUCUAACCCAGGCUAAAUUCAGGGAGGAGUUGAAGAAUGGGGUUUUUAAACUUCAUCAGUCAUUGCUUAUGAUGUACCAGACUGCCGACAACACUGACAUUGAAUCACCGUCCCAGCUGAUUGUCUUCCAUAUUUUUCCCAUUACAAACGUAGAUUAUUCCCGCCACUAA